CCCAGUACAGCUUUCUAUGAACAUUUUUUUGUGAUGGAUGUUUUGUUGCCUUUUAAAUGAUUAAAAAUAUAAUAUUAAUUAAUUUUUGAGUGUUCUGUUGUUUAAGAACUGAUUUGCAUUUUCAUUUGGCAUUUCCAUUUUUUGUUUCCUUCCUAAAUGCACUUGAGUGCGCUGAUAUUCCUUUAAAUUUAGCUCUUAUUAUUUUAACUGUUUGUGUUGGGGCAAAUUAAGGAUUUUAGCUUGGAAUUUCCUUUUCUUGUAAUCUUGAUCUUCCAUCUUUCAUGCACUUUUUAACUUCAUUUUACCAGAGAUUUAUUUAUUUUACUUAAUAUUGUAUUCAAAUUUGAAUAUGCCCAACGGUAAAAGUAUUACUGCUACUUCGCGGCUCCAACAAGACUAUGUCAGACUCAAGAAGGAUCCAGUCCCUUACAUUGUGGCAGAGCCCUUGCCCAGUAACAUUUGUGAAUGGCAUUAUGUGGUUCUUGGACCAGAAGGCACACCUUAUGUAGGAGGCUUAUACCAUGGAAAACUUGUGUUUCCUCGUCAGUUUCCAUUUAAGCCCCCAAGCAUUUACAUGAUUACUCCUAAUGGAAGAUUUAAGACCAAUACACGCCUCUGUUUAUCAAUUAGUGAUUAUCAUCCAGACACCUGGAAUCCGGCUUGGAGUGUAUCCACAAUUCUUACUGGCCUUUUGAGCUUCAUGGUGGAGAAUACCCCCACUUUGGGUAGCUUGGAAACAUCAGACAUUGAAAAACAGCAAUUAGCCCAUAAGAGUUUGGAGUUUAACAUCAAUGACAGUAUCUUCUGUGAACUCUUCCCAGAUUUAGCUACAAAUGUCCGAGCUGAACUGUCAAGACGAGCUGAACUCGAACAUGAGUUACGAAAUGUGGAAGCAGAUUCAGAAAGGAAUGAUAGCUCAAGUACUCUCACUGACAAUCACAAUGGAGCAGUUGGUGGGCAAUCAGCUCUGCACAGUGCCAUGAGUAACCUAUUUGUUCUCGUAGGUUUUGCUGCUUUUGCAUACAUAGUGAAGUAUGUUGUGAAAGGUCUCAAAACUGACUAAGAGUAUAUAUUUCCUAUAUCUUCCCACUCUGUGAUCAAUUUUGUGAAGAGCAAAAGUAUGGCAGUAAGUUGCUUAUAUUUUGCAUCUUUCCAAAUGUAUGACCAUUGUUCAGUCAUUGCUGUCUUAGAACGCUCUAGAAAAACUGUGGAGUCUUUAUUGUGUAGGUGUAUUAUCUACCUAACAAGAUAACUAAUUUUUCUUUGGUGGAUGCUGGCUACACUAGACUUGCAGCAAGUACCUGUUGUGUAUCCAGAAUUACAGGGCUCCAAUUUAAUUAUAGAAUUUCUUUUCAUGAGUAUUUGGUCGUUGGCAACAUAAUCAUCUUCCAUAGUAUUCUAUCUUGAAAUUGAUACUGAUUUUCAAAGAUGUGAGUGCCUCUGUUUAUAGGCUACAAACAAUAAUAUAUUAACAGAAGAAACAGAUGUUUUGAACCUUUUUGAUGUGUGUGUGUGUGUCUGCCUGUGUGUGUUUGUGUUUCUAAUGAAAAAUUCAAUUCUACUACCUAUUAUUAUUAUUUUAGCAUUAUUUAACAUUCCAUAGUCACAUCCGAAGUAAACUCUGCCUGUUUAUAGUAUUUGAUGAACCCAACUUUCAGUUCUGUCUUGUUUACUGUUCUUUAUUAAGAUCUGAAUCCUACUUAAUUCAUUCAUUGACUCUUUUUCGGGAUAUUUUUCUAGCCAGGUGUUGCUAUGUUAUUAAAAUUUUGUUGAAUUACUCUGACUCAGGUCAACAAGACAGCAUUGGACAUGUUUCAUAUUUAUCUUAAAUUUCAAUGACUUUAGAAGAAAAACUGGAAGUAAUUGGGAAAAACAGUAUAUAGUAUUAUUAUGAAUGCUAUAUGUGGAUGACCACGAGUAAAAGGGAGAGUCUGUCUGAUUCCCACUGAUUUUUGUAAUGUUUCAAAUAUUAGAAUGCCCUUUCAUUACAAGCUAAUGAUCAGCUUCUAGUUUGUUUUUUAUCCUGUAUAUAAUUUUUGAUAAAUUGAUAGUGUAUUUAAGAGCUUACUGUUCUUUAAGAUCCUUUUACACCUAAGAAAGUGUAUUGUACAGUUAAAUAUAUUUUUUGACGCCUGUGAUUUGGUAGGACAAUGUGUGAUAGGAUGUGUGGUGAAUAUUUGACUAUUAUUUUUCUUUGAGGGGUUAUUUUGAAUGUAUGAAUAUUUCUACUCUCUACGAUUAAUUUGUAUGUACAGUUCAAUGUAAGAUGUGCUUAUUGAUGGAAAGUAUCGGUUACUCAUGAGGAUCAUUAUGCUAUUUUUUAAUCUGAAAGUUGUGGCCCAGGUGAGUGUUUUUUGAGCAAGGAAGAAACUGUGCUGUAAAGAGUUUGUUUAGUGGAUUUUUAUGCAUUUCCUCUAGUCAACAUGUGGAUAGGUGUUUUAUUUCAAACAGUUUUGAAUAUGUUGCAUUUUUGUAGAGCCUGCAACUUGAUUUUGUGAGGUUCUUAUUUGUGACAAGGUUGCAGUAUAAGAUAUCCCUGGAUUUGGACAAAAACUUUUAAUUUGCUUCACUUUAUAUUAUGACCAAUUUGGAUUUAAGUACCAUGUGAAAUGUGUAAUGUAAUUACGCAGAAAGCUUGGGUGCUUCAAAGUGUGACUGUUCCUUUUCCAUAUCAAUGCCUGAUUGUAUAUUCUGAAAAAUUGAAGCAUGGAUCCACUCAAUUCAUAGAUAAAUCUUUUCAAUUUAUAUUACCUCAAAUGUUUUGUUUUCAAAAAUUGUCACUUUUCAAGAUCCUUUAAAAAGAAAAUGUAAUCAAAACUUGCUGGAAGUCAGUUGUGUGGGAAGGGGAGGAACUUAAUUAUGAACUUCAAAUUUGGCUGUUGAUUUAAUUACAUGUUUUUAGACAUGUUUGUUUAUUAAGUACCUAUAAUAAAAUUAAAAGUAGUUAACAGACUGUGAAA